UUCGUUACCUGCUUCACACACACUCGAGCCUUGCACUGAAACUUUGUACGUUACUUAACACGCUACAUCCGCUAAGCCGCCGGCUUCACUGCUGUAUUUUUGGCGUGUUGGUGCCACCGUAAGAGGCAGCUGCUGUCCUUCAGCCUUCCUGCCAGAUUGACCUUUGCCCUCCCAGUCAUCCCUCUCUGUCUGAGACAAGAGAUGGCUCAUGGUGCAGGAACCUCCCAGUAGACCCGUCCUUUCAGUCCAAAUGGAGGGUCGCCACCAAAGAGAUAAAAAAGUGUACCUCUAUUUCUGUCUCCUUUGUGGCGCUGUCCACCGUGCAGCUUGACUGUUCCUGAAACUAAGCAGCACCUGUCUCCCUCCGUGCAGAGCACAGUCGCGGUUAUUGAGCAAUGUAGGUCAGGUCAUGUUCUCAAUAGAGGACCUCGGGGAAGAGAGCAACAGGAGCACAAUACCCACUUUCAUUUCCACGCCAGUUAGAGGUUCUCCUAAACGCAGCUUGACUUACCUUCUAUGCAGGGGAAGCAGGUCGAGUUUCCCUCUGCGGUGUCAAUUAUUUCUCCACAGAGGCCCAGUGAGGACAGCAAAACACGCAGCACUGAGAGAAAACUGCUGAGAAAAAUGCAAAAUGAGUCUGAUAAUGUAUAAUGAAUUAGACUUGGAAUUGGACUUGCUGUUGUUUUUGUUGUCACAGUUUUACAUCUCUUGCAGGAAUCUGGAAAAAAAAAGAACUUCUAAGAUAAAUCUCUUUAAAUGCAAGAGCAUCUUUAAAUUCAGCCACAACCCCUAAAGCACCAAUAAGCAUUAACCAGGUCAUCGCUGGGUGGAAUGUUAGGAGACUUCAGAAUAGGAAAAACGUACUAAACAAAUUAAACCUCUUUCCCGACUCGUCCUGAUUCUGAAGGCACUGUCAAAAAUACACACACGGUUGGCAGAAAUGUCACACCGGCUGCUUGCUAACUCUACAUGCUUGCUUUACACAGAAGAGGAGGAGGAGGAGGUAGAGGAGGAGGAGGAUGAGGAGGAGGAGGAGGAACAGGAGGAGGAAGAUGGUGCAGAGGAAAAUGACGGAGAGGACUCAAAGCCCAAGCAAAAGUCUGGGUUCAUGCCGACUCUGGCACCUCCCAAGAUCCCAGAUGGAGAGAAAGUGGACUUUGAUGACAUCCAUAGGAAACGAAUGGAAAAGGACCUGAAUGAGCUCCAGACUCUGAUCGAGGCUCACUUUGAGAAGCGCAAGAAGGAAGAAGAAGAGCUUCUCAGCCUCACAGAUCGCAUUGAGAAACGCAGAUCUGAGAGAGCGGAGCAGAUGAAGAUCAGGGCAGAGCGAGAAAGAGAAAGACAGAACAAACUUGCUGAAGAAAAAGCAAGAAAAGAAGAAGAAGAAGCCAAGAAGAAAGCAGAUGACGACGCCAGGAAGAAGAUGAUUCUGUCCAACUUGAGUUUCACUGGAUACAAGACACAAACUGGGCCAAAAAGACAAACGGAAAGAGAGAAGAAGAGGAAGAUCCUAAACGAUCGGCGCAAAGAGCUGAACAUUGAUCACCUGAAGGAGGACAAACUCAGGGAAAAAGCUAAUGAACUGUUGGACUGGAUGCGCCAGCUAGAGGCAGAGAAAUUUGAACUCCAGUAUAAAUACACAAAGCAGAAGUACGAGGUCACCGUGCUCAGAAACCGAGUCAGUGAUCAUCAGAAAAUUACAAAGGGCACCAGGAGCAAGCGAGGUCUGAGGAAGUAACACCGGACAUCAGCUGGAGGAAAACAUCUAGUCGUUGAAUGAAUUAUUAACAAUAACACAAGCUGCGUAACAAGGCCUUCUGGGUACUUGAACCAGCGAGAACAACGGUUAAAUGCUUAAAUGUAGCUCAAUCUGCUCUUAAAAAUAUCGUUGGUGAAAGGAGAGGGAUGCAGAAAUGUAGCGACUUGCUCUACGUUUAUUCAACUGUAUUUAACCUGAGAGGACAAUAAUUCAUAACUUAAUGUAAAUUGUCUCUGAUGACCGACUUAUUAAUUGGUUCUCGUGUGCAUUUGAGAUUGGGCUGAAUAAAAAAAAUAAA